GCAGUCUGGCGCACACGGAGUUAAACCUCUGACCCAGUAGUUCCACACUGAGGGAGUCACUCGACCCAAGCAGCGGUAACAUCACAGCGCAUUCCUGCGCAGAUCUUAGCUGCCAACAUCUGAUUAGAACCAUCGCUGUCUGAGGUCUAGAGUUCCUCAAUUCACACAAGGACUGGAAACGUGGAGAGGUAGACGGGACCCUGCACUGUCAUCUCGUUUGCCGGCCGGGUGAAUCUCCAGUAACAUGUCAAAUCCAGCGAGGAGACGCAGCUAGCUAACUGUCGGCAGUGUUGAGUAUGUGCGACUGCUGAGACGAGUUGCUGAGAGCACGCUGCCCAGGAUCCGCGUUCCCUUUUGCCCCUACCUGCCUAUCUGGUGAGGCUGGCCCCUCCCACCAUGUCGACAGAGGCGGAGACCAGCGUAAACACCCAGGCCGACCAGGCCCCCGUCAAGACCCCCUCCAAGAAGGAGAAGAAGAAAGGCCCAGAGAAGACAGAUGAGUUCCUGCUGGCCAGGUUCAAAGGUGAUGGUGUCCGAUACAAGGCCAAGCUGAUCGGCGUGGACGAUGUGCCCGCUGCCAGAGGGGACAAAAUGAGCCAAGACUCCAUGAUGAAACUGAAGGGCAUGGCUGCAGCAGCUCGUUCCCAGGGAAAGCACAAACGAAGAAUAUGGGUCAACAUAUCUUUGUCGGGCAUCAAAAUUAUCGACGAGAAAACAGGGGUAAUAGAACAUGAGCAUGCUGUGAAUAAGAUCUCCUUCAUUGCACGAGAUGUGACAGACAACCGAGCGUUUGGCUACGUGUGUGGCGCGGAGGGCCAGCACCAGUUCUUUGCCAUAAAGACAGCCCAGCAGGCCGAGCCUCUGGUUAUUGAUCUAAAGGACCUCUUCCUGUUAAUUUUCAAUUUGAAGAAGAAAGAAACUGAGGGCUCAAAGAAGGAUGAAACCAAUAAAGUGGUGGAGAACGGCAGUGAUUCCUUGCACAGUGGUGAAAGCCAAGUGGAUAAAGGUGUGGAACAGCUGGACCUGUUUGGAGACAUGUCAACACCACCAGACUUGAACACUCCCCCAGAGACUAAAGAUAUCCUAUUGCUGGAUCUGUCCACUGAGAUUGACAACAACCAGAACUGUGUCAAAGGAAAUCCUUUCACCACUUCCUGUGCUCCCUCUGUCCCCCGGCCCAGGCCACAGCCCAGCGCCUCGCCUGAGAACCCCUUCCCCUCUCAGCACAGCUUCUUUCCCGCUCCCAUUCCAGACCCUUUCAGCGACGACCCCUUCUCCAAAAACGAGCCGGCGGCCCAAGGGGCCUCGCUAAACGGCCACCAGAACGGCGGCUCCGACUAUUUCGCCCAGCAGUUUGAUCAGAUAUCCAAUCGGACCGUGAUCCAGGCGCUGGCCAACGGCCAGUGGCCGCUGGAGGGGAAGGCGGCCGAGGCGGCGGCGGCGUCCGCCUGGAAUCAGAACGGGAUCCCGGUGAGGGAGCAGAACGGCUCUCACAGCCAGUCCCCCCAGAACCCCUUUCUGCAAGCCCCCGACAAAAGCCCGCCGCUGCAGAACGGCGUGAAACACGAGCCCGCAAGCAAGCCAGAGCCCCCCGCCCCCCCGGCGAAGGAUUCCGUCAUCAUUAGCCCUCCCCCGCUCAACGCGAAGGCCGGACGAGGACGGAGGAGUGUUAAGUCCCCUACAAAUGACCUGCUUGGAGCGGACCUGUUUGCUUCACCCAGCCAGACAGAGUCACCCCCUUCACCGCAGCAGGACCCAUCUCCAGCGAAACCAGUGGACCUCUUUACCAACGGCUCAUCCUCCAUGUCUGCUCUCGGAACCCUGUUGCUGUCUGCACCCACCUCAGCCCCAGCCCCAGGGAAUGUCCCAUGGAGCCAGCCAGCCCCAUCCUUGUUCUCCGCCCCUCCUGCCGUUCCCCAGCCCCCAGCGUUCACCGCCCCGCCCGUCCCCGCCUGGGGGCCGGUGCCACCGGCGUUUGGGACGGCCACCGUCCCGCAGGUCCCCUCCUGGGGCCAGGCGGCCACCCCGGCAGCCCCUGUAGCCUGGACUCAGCCCUCCGCCAACCCCUUCCAGCCCAGCAUGUUCCCGGCGACUCCAGCGCCAGGCCUGCUGUUGGGGCCGCCGCAGGCCUCCAGCCCCCCUCCUCAGCCCCCGCCCCGCCCCGCCAAGGAGGCCCCCCGGGUGGAGAGCGAUGCCUUCACGGCUCUGGACCCCCUUGGCGAGCGGGGACCAAAGACCGGGAAGGACAUGUUCAAGGACUUCCAGCUGGCCAGGCCGCCGGCCGUCCCGGCGCGGAGGGGUGAGCAGCUGGCCAGCCUCAGCACGAGCGCCGCUUUCGCCCAGUACUUCUCCAGCAAAGUGGGCUUGGCCCAAGAGGCCGCUGAUCACGAUGACUUUGACAUCAGUCAGAUAUCAACCGAAACUAAUGAUCCGCCGAAACCCGCUCCCGUCCCUGUAGCUGGCGCUCCACCCCCAGCCCAGGGCCUCUUUGACAACCCUUUUGGGUCCGGCCUUUUUGGAGCCCCUUCCUCUGCCACGGCUGCUCCAGCUGUCCAGCCUGCUGCACCAGGCUCUUUCGGAGCCCCCUAUGGCAACCCCUUCGCAUGAUCUGUUACCCAACCUGCCAGCGAUGUCAACAUCCAUGACAGCCUUGCUGUGUUCCAGCGUUCACCUACAGUACGGAGCACGUCCUGUUCCCAAACAGGUUUCCACGUCCAGCUGCCGCGGCCAGCCCCAGAUGUUCCAGUUCCUCCAUCUGCAGACAACCCCGCGACCGACCCAGCAUUACUCCAGCAUUCACCCACUCUUCUGUCUCACACGCCAAUGACUAACCACUCAUAAUUCAGUCUGGGAAGAGCAUCCGUCCAGUUUCACUGCCAGCAGAUUUUUAUAAGCAAACCAACCAAUGUCAUAAAAACAAUGAUUGUAGGGAUUCUGAACAAAUUAAGCCAUCUGUGCCGGGAGGCGGUUCACACGACAACUGCUGAAGAAACGGACACAGUCGGAGCUGUAGGAACAGUGAAAGCCAUGCGUACCUGGCAUGAGGGGAGGGGCAGUGACAUUAAAGAGAAGAAUUAUAAGUGGAGUGUGCUGUGUGUGUGUGUGUGUGUGUGUGUGUGUGUGUGUGUUGCCCAUUACUGAUGCUGUAGUUCUCCAUGUCCUACUGCUCCUUGUGGUUGCAUCACACGUUGCUGUUUACCAGAGGUAAAGGUCCACCAAGCAGUUCUAGAACAUCAUGUUUUUUUAUUUCUCAAGACAAGUACUGACCUCUUUCCCCCUAUAUGUGCUCACUUCCUGAGCAUUCCAUGGAUCCAAACAAAACACACCCGGCGGACACUCUUCAGUUUUUUGCAUGUGCCGUGAUGCAAAUUGGAUGCCUCGAUCCGUGUGAGCAGGAACAGAUGUGUUUGAGUGCAGGUCAGUACAGGCGCUCUUAGCGCCAUCUUCUGGACAUCAGAGGAACUGUUCCCAUGCAGAAGAACACAGGAGGGUUGACUGUAAUCAACUCUUGACUGAGAGCAAAGUGGUGGGCUGGUGCAAACUGUAAUUCAAGGACAUCUGAACUGUAUAAGUGUUCUUUUAACCAUGGGGACUGUCUUAAUACCCCCCCCCCCCCCCCCCCCCCCAAAAAAAAAAAAAAUGUGGGUUGAUUUCUGCCUAAAUCCCACACUUACAAUGCCAGGCAUACUGCACCGCCUUCACAUGAUGGAUGUCGUAGUAUAGGAUAAAACACUCAUUUCUCCUCUCCUCUGGACAAGAGUCUCAUGAGACAAUCCUACAUUGUGGUGACUGACAUGCUUUCCUUCCUGCCAAAUGAACCCAUGAAAGCAACUAGCUUUGAACUGAAGAUGCCAUGUUGAGUACUCUGGACAGACGAUUAUGCUCAGGAUGUGGUUUUUAAAAAUCUGUUUAUGGCAUGAGUCAUACUUUACCCAGUCACAAGAAAAAAAUGAGUGUUUCUACGUAGCAGUUAUUAAUGUGUUGCUUAACCCCUGAGUCAUCAAUCAAACCAUAAAUUGUAAUAUUAUGUUGAAGUAUUGCAUGGCAUUGCGCAAGAUAUUUUGAUGGGUCACUGAUUAGUGUCCAGUCUGAAGUUUAGGGCAGUUAAAAAGAUAAACAAUCACUCAUACUGGAAAUUUAAGCUUUGUCUUGGCAGAACCUUUUCGUGUGUGAAUGUGCGAGUGCCUGUGUAUGUGUGACGUGUGUAUGUAUAUAUAUAAAUAUAAAUAUAUAUCCUCUGUUGUGCACUUCCCCUUGUGUAUCCUGGAUGUUAUGUAACUAAAGUGAAUGUAUUAUUUAGUCAUUGCAUUAAACUGGAAAUUUAGCUUCCUAGGUUCUAAAUAUUUCAUAUACCUUUGUAACACAAUUUGUAUUAAAAAUGUAAAACAUUCAGGUAUGCCUUAUAAUAAAGAGAUAACUGUCUGUAGGGUACCUGUGUGUUUCGUUUCUUUUACUGUCCUGUUUCGAACGUCUGCGAACGCUGUGGUUUGUCCCGAUAUUUCAUAAAAAAAGAACCUUGCUCCAUUACAUAACACCAUAACAGCUUCACACCAUUAAAGCUCUGCAGUAUUGCAUAUUACCAUUAAAACCUGAGUGCACCACAGCAACACACUUGAAAAACAAACGCAGUCAAAUGUAUACACUUACUGUGUUACCUUCAAGAAAUGAAAUAAACUGAAA